UAAAAACCUAGCAUUGGUAGAUGUAAAAAGGAUUGACGGUAAAACAACCGUUCGCCGCCUCCUUGACACCGUCGCUUCUAUAAAACCACCGUCAAACUCCAUGAAAUCCGGGCAGCAUCUCCAUUUACACUGUUAAAUUCGAAAAGUAUGACCACGGUAAACCAAAACAGUCCAAAGUCACCCUUUCUUCACCUACAGAAUCCCAGCCUUUAACCUACUAACGGCAUUUACUAAACACAAGGUCCAGCAGCUCCGUUUGGCUAUUUCUGGCAAGGUUUCGGUCAGUCGAGGUCACUUUACGGGUUACUGGUGAGACACGCCGUGCAUUGUAAGAAAUAACAGAGUAGUGAUGGAGAAAGAAGAAGAGCUACAAGAAUCUUCUACUCCUUGCUUGCAUUUAGUCUCUGCUUUCCUCGCCUGUGAAUCCCCCGAUUUUGUUAUUUCAUUUGCCAGGGAUUUUGGAGGUGGUUCCAUUACGGAAAGAGUGCAAAGUUUCAUAUGGAACGUAUGUAUCAACAAAUCCGAUGUAAACUGUAAUUUGCCUUAUUUGAAGAGAUUCUUAAAGAGGCUCAUUGUUGAAAUCGAGUCAAAUGGGGAUGUUGUUUUGGAUGAGUUAUAUGAAAAGUAUAUGUAUUGUCUGUCUUAUGUGAAGGAUGAUGAAUUGGCCAAAGGAAGCACAAGAAUGUUAAGAAGAUUUUCGUUUCUAUUUCCCAAGGAUUGUUCACAAGCCUCGAGGUGUCAAAUAUUUAGGAAAUUGGAAGUCACGUUGCAAUGUUCACUUAACAUGCUUGAAGGUGAUACAGGGUGUUCAAUUUGGCCAUCAGGUCUGUUCCUUUCAGAGUUCAUACUUUCUUUUCCAGAAGUGUUCUCAGACAAAUGUUGUCUUGAGGUUGGUUCGGGUGUUGGAUUGGUCGGUGUCUGUCUAGCUCAGGCAAAUUGCUCCAAGAUAAUACUAACAGAUGGUGACUUAUCAACUUUAGCAAACAUGAAGCUCAACUUGGAGUUAAAUCAGCUGGCCGCUGAUAUGUUAGGCCAGACACAAAAAACCAACACGUUGCAGUGCUUGUAUUUGCCAUGGGAGUCUGCCGCAGAAAAUGGGCUACGUGAGUUCAUGCCAGAUAUAGUUUUGGGUGCAGAUGUUAUAUAUGAUCCACUGUGCCUACCUCAACUUGUUCGAGUCCUCGCAAUUCUUUUGAAGCGAGAAGAUCCAAACCUACAUCAUUUGAAUAAUGGUUGCAAGGACUACUGUUCACCUGACUGGAGAUGUUUGGAAAGUAAAGAAACUAGUUCAGCAGGUGACCUUGAUGUUUACGUCAGCAAAGAAGAAAUAAAUGGUGAUCCUCGUGCUGAACAUUUGUCACCUGGAUUAGGACAAGAGCCUGUUGCAUAUAUUGCUUCAGUAAUUCGCACAAUCGACACGUUCAAUUAUUUCCUUUCGUUGGCAGAAAAAGAGAAGUUAAUUGUAUCAGACAUCACUGAAAUGAUGAAGCCACUUGACUUGCUUCCGUAUGUGAAAUCAUACCAGCGGUCUAGUGUAAGGAUGUUUAAAAUUUCAUAUUUGUGCAAAUAAGGCUACUAUUUAAUCAGACAGACUUAAGGUCUACUCUCUGGAAAUCUCUAAUUGUAUUCUGUUACAGCAGGCAAAAGCUUUUUUACCAGGUACAAAUAGAAAUUCUUCUUUAUUUGAUUUGUUUCAAAGAUCAA